ACUUCGUUUUUGCACAGAAGCCAAGUAACAUCGCUUAUUUCCAUUUCACUCCACAGCUUCUUGUAUCUUCCACUCAAACUCUUUUUUUCUCUCUGCAAAUUCUUCCUCCACCUCAAGCUUCCAAUCAUGGCGUCUGCAUCAUCCGGUCGCGGCUCCAAGGGCUUCGAUUUCGCUUCCGACGACAUCCUCUGCUCCUACGAAGACUUUCCUAACCAGGACUCUUCUAACGGCACUCACGAUGACCCCGCCAAGGAUUUUCACAAAUCAAGGAUGGCAAGGACAUCAAUAUUUCCUGAUACUGCUUAUAAUUCGCCUGAAGAUUCUAUAAGCCAAGAUGUGAUUGCAGCUGUUGAGAAGAGCAUGAAAAAAAAUGCUGACAACCUUAUGCGGUUUCUUGAAGGAAUUAGUUCAAGGCUAUCACAGUUGGAAUUAUAUUGUUAUAAUAUUGACAAAUCAAUUGGAGAAAUGCGAUCUGAUUUAAACACUGACCACGGGGAGGCAGAGUUAAAGCUCAAUUCUCUUGAGAAACACAUUCAGGAAGUACACAGAUCUGUACAGAUUUUGAGAGACAAGCAAGAGCUAGCUGAUACUCAGAAGGAGUUAGCCAAGCUUCAGUUAGUUCAGAAAGAAUCAUCCUCCACAAGCCAUUCACAUUCCAACGAGGAGAGGUCUUCGCCUUCUGCCCCUGAUCCAAAAAGAACUGAUAAGGCAUCUGACGCACAUAACCAGCAGUUAGCUCUUGCCCUGCCUCAUCAAGUUGCCCCACAGCAACAGCCUGUGGCACCUCCCCCAGCCCCUGCCCCAGCUCCAGCUCCAGCUCCGGCCCCAAAUGUAGCACCAGCCACUCAACAACCAUCUUAUUACAUGCCACCGACUCCUUUGCCCAAUCCGCCAUCUGUGGCCCAAGUUCCCCAGAAUCAAUAUUUGCCCUCUGAUCAGCAGUAUAGAACUCCACAACCAACAUCAUCACAAGCAACGCAAUCUCUGUCUAUGCAACAAUAUUCUCAGUAUCAGCAACCACAACUGCCACAGCCGCAGCAGCAGUGGCCUCAGCAGGUGCAACCUCCGCAACCACCUCCAAUGCAGUCACAGAUGAGACCCCCUUCAACCAAUGUUUACGCUCCUUACCUGCCAAACCAUGCUACAAAUCCCUCUCCCUCGGAAACACUACCAAACAGCAUGCCAAUGCAAAUGCCAUAUUCCAGAAUUCCACCUGCAGCUUCCGGCGGUAGCGAUGCCAUGCCGUAUGGAUACAGCGGAGCUGGUAGAACAGGUCCGCAGCAACCACUUCCGCCGCAAAUCAAGAGCUCUUUUCCUGGACAACCAGGUGAUCCAUAUGGAACAAGUGCUACUCAUGCCGUGCCCCCUCCUACUAGUGCAUACAUGAUCUAUGAUAGUGAGGGAGGAAGAACACAUCCUCCCCCACAACCACCUCAUUUUGCUCAAGCUGGAUACCCUCCAUCGAGUGCUUCGCUUCAGAACCCUGCACCACAUAACCUCAUGGUCCGGAAUCCUAGCCAGACACAAUAUAUUCGUGGCCAUCCCUACAGCGACUUGAUCGAGAAGUUGGUGAACAUGGGAUUUAGAGGUGAUCAUGUGGCAGGGGUGAUCCAGAGGAUGGAGGAAAGUGGGCAGCCUGUAGAUUUUAACUCGGUACUUGACCGGUUGAAUGUGCAUAGUUCUGUUGGUCCCCAGAGGGCAUGGUCAGGGUAAAGAACUUUCUAUACCAUGUCUUGUUUCACCAAUGCAACGAUGAUGUCAAAGUUGACCCUUACCUCCUUCAAACUUGGCAUGCCCUAUACAAUCAUGUCGUGUUUUAUUAUGCAUGAAUAAACCUUAAUGUACUACUAUGCACGGUGUUAUUGCAUAUAUUUUGUUCAGAUAUGAGAAAUUUGUUGUGUUAAGAUAAAAUUUCAAUUUAGUGAAGGGAAGUACAUGUUGACAUCUAUGCAAAAUAGUUUUAGACACGAGAAAAUAGAGCGAUGGAUAGACAAAUCCUAAAUUCUAAUGUACUUGUGUAUAUCAUUGUUUAACUUCUUCCACUUUUAUAAUACUAGACAGUGUAACGCUAA